AUAUUACGUAACAUAUAUAUUUUAAUUGGCUGUCUUUGGCAAUAUUGCACUCUUCUUAUCACUCGUCUUUGCACUCGACUGUCCAGUCAGUGAUCUCACUGUCCUGCCCUUCUCAAUCUCUCAUAAUGCCUUGUGUGUGCACAUCUGCCUUACGGCAGAGCUGGUGGUUAUCCAUGAAGCCGGAAGAUAGUUUCCUUCGUAGGUUACAACCAUUGAACGAUGUUGGCAAACUACUCACAAAGAAAGCUCGCUUUGGAACAUUCAAUAAGAAGACUCUAGGUUUCAUUCUGUUUAGCAAUCAUGACCAGCAUGUUCUCGCAACAAACCCAGCCCUGCUUCCGAUCCCAGCUCCAACACCAAACACACGGUUGGCAAGAGCACACCAAGUAUUUACGAAGCAGCAUGAACGUGAACUUAGGAAGCAUCGAAUCAAAACAGACGCCAUGACUCGUUUUGUCAAAGUUCUUAACGAUAACAACCUAGACGGAAACGAUAAUAUCGAUAUUGGCGAGUUCCGGCGGGCUUGUGCACAGACGAAUGAGUUCACAUCAUCUCACGCGAGGGCGCUCUUUGGUGAUCGUUUGAUGUCUGCAACAGAAAUGUUUGAGCUUCUAGAUAUCAAUAAAGAUGGACGGUCGUUCACCGAUGUUAUCUUCUACGUUAAGUUAGACUACCACGAACUGAUGAACCUGGCUGAGUGGAAUGGGGUUGGAAUUCAAACACAUCUCAUCGGGGCUGGGCGGAUUGAUGUUAAGAAUCUUACCGAGCUCAUCACAAGCCUCUUUCAGUCCCUCGUAAUGAAUGUUAAAAGAUCCUUCUUAGAGAGCGAUGACAAUGAACGAACAGUCUUGAUCAACACUGUUUACAUGAAGUGUCUUGACUUCGAUGGCGAACCAGAAGAUUGGGACUUCCUCGUUGAGCAAGGAAAACGUGCGCUUCAAGCCUUCUUAUACCACAAGAGGACGUUGGCAGAAAAUGCAAGUCCUGAUUCUGGUGGCGAGAAAGCGAACUUUUAAUUUGCUGCUGGUAUCUCAUACAGGGAAAUAUAUAUGAUCGCCUUUCAGACAGUGAUUCUGAGCCAUCUUCUUUUCUUCUUGGAAAAAAUCUAUAAAGUAAACUUUAUUUGAUCAUGUCAUUUUCAAAAGGGGUACCGUUUAAAAUGUUACUGUUACAAUAUAGCAAUUUAUCUCUCUGUGAGUUUAACAUUUACUACAAAAAAUGAUUUAAAAUAAUUUACAGGGUUUAGGCGAAUGCGAAGCAUACAGUAUGUACUCUAUGUUACUAACGUUUUAUCAACAAACUUUUUUAUAUGAACAAUAAUUCGGAUUGUAACUGCAAAAGAGAACUAGAAAGUCACUCAAAAUUUAAUUGUUGUUGUACUUAUGUUUAACUAAUGAUAUUGAUACCGAUUUUAUUGUCAUAGAUGUCUGAGAAACCAGAGUUAACAUGGUUUUUUUUUCUACAAUUCUCCAAUUCAUUUAUUUCACAUCUCUAAAACACAAACAACAAAUAGGAUACAAUGCAUCGAGAUCAACCAAUAAAAGGAUUCCAUAAUAAAGUAAAAUAACAAUGAAAAUUGUUUUUUUAAUGGAUAAAAUGACAAAAUACAUAAGAUAAUGAAUGGGAUGUGAGGAAUUAACAAACAGUCAAUAGGCCUAUCUAGGCUACUCCCUGAUUAACAUUAAUCUAUUAAUGUAUGAUGAAAAACUCAUUUGCAAUACUCAGUAUAUGGAAUUAUGAUAAUAUAAUUGCCGUAGAAUAAAAAGUUCUUUAUUUAAUAAAAAUAGCAAGUAAUUUUUAGAAGUCUGAUUACAAUACAAUACAAUAUAACAUCAUAAAUAUCGACUUUCAUUUUCUGGUCUAAUUCAAAAUCACUUUUAUGUUCACAAAAUCACUGAUCCUUAUUAAUAUCUGCUACAGUUUUUACUGAUCCCAAAUAUUACACUCUAAAUCAUUCAGUAUACCAUAUUUCGUCGAUCGUUUUGAGGAAAAAUCAUAUUUAAGUUUAUCACAACAUGGAAAUAAUUUAUGUUCCGUCUUUAGUACCUACUAC